AUGAUGGCAUGUUUACACGGUGUACACAUCAGCUUGAGGUCGCUGAAAAGCAAACUGAAUGAUGCCGGGUUAUAUCGCAGAAAGGAUUUGUCCUCUACCGACGUCAUAACUAGGGCAAUACGAGUGGAACUUCGUGGACCUGGACAGCUGUUUGGCUACCGCAUGAUGUGGCAGGUACUCAGACAAAAGUACAAUCUGCGAGUGAGGAGGGAUCAUGUAAUGAAUUUGCUCCGGGAGCUUAAUCCUCAAGGGUGCGAGAGGAGAGCACGCAGAAGGUUUAUAAGAAGAACCUACCACUCCAUGGGACCGAACUAUAUGUGGCACGUGGAUGGUUAUGAUAAACUCAAGCCAUUCGGUCUGGCACUUUCAGGGUGCAUCGAUGGAUUUUCCCGUAAAGUACUGUGGCUUAUAUGUGGCGCAACAAAUAAUGACCCAUCUGUGAUCGCUCACUAUUUCCUGUCAUGUGUGCGAAACCUCGGUGUCAUCCCCAUGAGACUGAGAACCGAUUGCGGCACGGAGAACGGGACCAUGGCCGCAAUUCAGUGCACGCUACGCCACCACCACAAUGACUACUACUCUGGAGCGUCCAGCCACAUGUAUGGCUCAUCCACAACCAACCAGAGGAUUGAGUCCUGGUGGUCCAUAUUCAGAAAGGGAAGGUGUCAGUUCUGGAUGGAGCUAUUUGCAGACCUUAGAGAAGCUGGAUACUUCAAUGGGAGUCACGAGCAUCAGUGUCUGCUGAGAUAUUGCUUUGGUGAUGUUAUUCAGAGGGACUUGGAUGAGUGUAUGAGACUGUGGAACAGUCACAGGAUCCGCCCCUCCAGAACAGCAUCAUGUCCAGGAGGAGUGCCAAAUGAGCUCUACUGCUUACCACACAGGUAA